CACUGCUGUAAUCAAAAUGUCUUGUUGACAAAUGACAUGUCAAGUGCCGAUAUUUUGUUGAAGUGUUCAAAUAAAAAUACAUUCAAUACAAUAUUAUAGUCAUUAAAGUAGUCAAUUGCCGCAAAUGUUUCUAUUUUUACUACCUACUGAGUGGCCGCGGCAAAGUUUUAACGGGUAAUGUUAAGUGUUGUCUAAAUUGUAAAAGAUUGUCUAAUUGAUUUUUUAUAACAAAUUAAUUGAUGAAUUCAUUUGUGAUGAACAGAACUAAGAGUACUAAUCCUAAAAUGGUGAAUCAUUCUAAGUCUGUCGCCGAACCAGAUAUGAGUUCGGAUGUGUUUCGACUUAUUUCAAGUGAAGAAAAACCUCCAGAUAUUAAAUACGACAAAGAAAAUUCAUGGAUUACCGGAGUGCAAAUGUUCGUAUCGCUCUUACUUGCUGGAUUCGGCAUGGUGGGGGCCAGUUUACUGUUCGACGUUGUGCAACAUUGGCCUGUCUUUGACCAAGUUCAGGAAGUAGUGAUCUUAGUGCCUGCUCUACUAGGCUUAAAGGGAAACUUGGAAAUGACUUUAGCGUCUCGACUCUCCACUCAUGCCCAUUUGGGUCAUCUUGAUAAAAGCUUAAACUCUCUUAUUGUUGGAAACCUGUGUCUUAUACAAUGUCAGGCUGUUUUAGUUGGUUUCCUAGCUGCAAUGGCAGCUGUUACUAUGGGCUGGAUACCCAAAGGAAUUUUUAAUGUCAAUCAUGCAAUGUUGCUCUGUGCAUCUAGUGUACUGACAGCAUCGUUUGCUAGUUUUGUCCUUGGUUUAAUUAUGAUAGGUGUAAUUGUUGUGUCCAAAAAGAUAAAUAUAAAUCCUGAUAAUGUAGCAACACCUAUAGCUGCUAGUCUUGGAGACUUGACAACAUUGGCACUAUUAUCUUGGAUAGCUUCAUUGUUGUUCCGUACAAUUAACACAAGUACUGUAUUGCCAACUAUUAUUAUCACAGCAGGUGCUAUACUAGUGCCAUUGUGUGGUUAUAUUGCAUGGAAGAAUCCCUUUACACAGCAGGCAUUAGAUGAAGGAUGGGUGCCUGUUGUUUCAGCCAUGGUCAUUAGUAGUGCUGGGGGAUUAAUUUUAGAUUAUACAGUGGUUAAUUACGAAGGUAUCGCUGUAUUUCAAUUAGUUAUAAAUGGUAUAGGUGGUAAUAUGGUUGCACUUCAUGCAUCACGAUUGUCAACUUUGUUGCAUACUGGCCAAAAGGAAGGGGCUGUAAUGGGCAAUAUUAGCAAACUGUUAUUGUUAAUGGUUAUCCCAGGUCAGUUGAUAUUUAUUUAUACAAUAGGUUAUAUUAAAGCUGGUCACACAUCAUUAACUCCAAUUUUUACAAUAGUUUACAUGACUGCUGCCAUAUUGCAGGUAUUUCUCUUACUUACUAUCAGCCAUUACAUGGUUAUAUGGAUGUGGAAAUUGGGUUUGGAUCCUGAUAACUCUGCAAUUCCAUACUUGACUGCUUUAGGCGACUUACUUGGAACAGCAUUAUUGGGUAUUGCUUUCCACUUACUUUAUGCUAUAGGGGACAAAGAUAAAGAUGUAGGUGACUAAAUAUUGUUAUUUUUACUUAAUUUAUUAUUACCUUAUGAUGUAACAUGUUAUUGUUGUACUUAAAACUUUACUGUAAACAGUUUAUAUUUCUGUUCUUCUUAAGCAUAUUUUAUGUCUUCAAAAAUUAUGUACUUUUACAUAAUGUAUUUUAUAAGAUUAAAUGUUGGUGCUAAUAAAAUAUGUGCAUAUCUGUAAGAUUUGUAGUACUAUAAAAUCUAUUAAAUAUGUAUAUUAUUUUUAGGAAAAUCAAGACUUAACCUUACUUCUAAAAUUGUGAUUAAAAAGAUCUUUUUUACUACUAUAUUUUUUUAUGCAAACAAUAACUAUUCCAAGGAAACUUAUUAAAAAUUCCCACUUAAUUUCAUAAUAGUAACUCAUGUUUGUGUGCAAAAUGCUGUUACUAAAUAGAACAGUAUAAUAAUUAUUGUGGUUAAUUAAAAGACAGAUUAAUGAGUGAAGAGACAAAACUUAAAAUGAUAAGUAGUAAUAAUAACAAUUUAUAGGCAAUUAAACUAUUUACUGCUACUAUAAUAAGAGGACUUCUGUAAUUAAAUCAUAAUUGAUUUUACCAUUUAAGUGCACUUAAUACUGUAUUUUAUGACAUCUCUUAUUUGAAAAGGUUUCCUUUGUCUCAACUCACAGCACAUUAGCUGUGAUAACUUAUGCAAUUUAGUGAGAAAACAACUUCUUAAGCUUCGCGAUAUAGAGUAUAGGAAACUAGCAAGGUAUAUUGGUCUGGAAGCAGAAAACACCUACAUUGUUCCCAAUGAGUUGCAAUUAUAAAUAAAACAAAAUA